AUGGGGUGCGCUGCCUCAAAGGUGGAGGAUCUUCCGGCGGUGGCUUUAUGCCGAGACCGGUGCAAGUUCCUGGAGGAAGCUGUCAGCCAAACCCAAGCCAUGUCCGAUGCUCACGUGGCUUACUUGGCCUCCCUCAGGACACUUGGCCCCGCUCUCCACCGUUUCUUCGAUGAUGUUAAUACCAUUCAGAAUCAUUGUAAUUGUAAUGGACCACCAGAAUCAGAAUCAGAAUCCGACUCGGCCUCGCACCUCCAAUUCUCUUCCGACUCCGAAUCCGAAACCGAACUCAAGGGCCCCCGUAAACAGUCGGACGAAACGCCAACUCCAGUUAAUGAUGGUGAUGAAUAUUACAGGAAUUUAGGCGGCGGCUUGGCUUCCAAACCCCCUCCUCCGCCACCGUCUCCAAUCAGCUCCACUUGGGAUUUGUUUAAUUUCUUUGACGCCUAUGACAGGGAGAGAUACCCACCAUCCCCACUUUAUUCUUCUACUCAUUUGGAGCCUGAAGAAGCUGCUACUCCUGCUGCUGACAAAAUCAAACAUAACAAUAUUAAUAUUAAUAAUGACAUUGGACAGCAGGAAGAUCAACAGACUAGGCCGAAAGAGAAGAGUAAGAAGACGAUUCAUUUGGCCACGUCUGUCAAACACAACAAACAGAACGAACAGAACGAACAGGGUGUCUCCGCAGAAGCAGAGGCCAUCCGAGAGCUUCACUUUCUGUUUGACAGAGCGUCUGAGUCCGGCAAUCAAGUUUUGAAGUCGCUGCAGUCUCACCAUCACACAAUUUCUCUACAUCAGGAGUAUGGCUUUGGUAACCAUGAAGGCUUGGGGAUGAGCUCACAGAGCCUAUUUUACACUCUGAACACGCUCUUCUUGUGGGAAAAGAAACUUUACGACGAAGUCAAGGCUGAGGAAAGAUUGCGCGUAACGCAUGAGAAGAAGAGUCGAAUGCUGAAACAAUUGGAACACAGUAAGGCCACCGCUGAGUCUCCUAAAAUUGAAUCUGUUCGGACUGCACUUCGCAAUGUUUCAACAAAAAUGAAAAUUGCAAUUCAUAUUGUUGACAAAAUAUCAGUUACCAUAAACAAGUUGAGGGACGAGGAGUUGUGGCCGCAGAUUGUUGAAUUCAUUCACAGAUUACUUGGAAUGUGGAAAGGUAUGGUCGAAUGUCACAAGAGUCAAUACCAAGCAAUUGCGGAAGCCUCCAAGGGUUUGGAUGCAAUUGCAAUAUCCAACGCGAAGUUGAACGGUGCGCAUGAUCUUGAAACCGCAAUUCAACUCAAGUUAGAGCUUCAAAACUGGAAUGAACCAUCACCGCAGUCAGAUGAGGAGGGUGAUGCAGCAGUAGUAGUACCUCUGUCUCCUGGUAGACUCGGUGCACCCCCAGCUUUUGUGAUAUGUAAUCAGUGGUCUCAAGCUAUGGAUAGACUCUCAGGGAAGGAAGUUAUUGAAGCUAUCCGGGGAUUUUACACUCGUAUACAUUUGCUUUUAAUGGAACACCACGUUGAUGCAGAAACAUUGCUGCAAAGAAUGGUAAUUGAAAACAAAGAUGUAGCAAGGAAACUAAGACUUGUGGAGGAGGGGAAGGAGGAGGAGGAGGAGCAAAGGAUAAUGCAAAAGGUGCUGAUGCGAGGUAGAGGAAAAAAGAAUAUUAUUGGUUUGAGUUUGCAGGCAGCACAAGAGGAGGGUGGAGAGAGAGAGUAUAAUAAUGGAUCAAGGAAUCUAGUAUGGGAUCUGAAGCAGACAUUAAUGGCCAUGGAAAAAUUCACUGCAAACUCACUGAAAGCAUACGAAGAGCUUGAUGCACACAUUGAACAAGGCAACAGCCCCGGCCUGUGUGUCUGA